UAACCUCAAAGUGUUUUAACGUUAGAUUCCACAUGGGACCACAUAGCGGCGUAGUUUAAAACAGCAAUAGAAUGAUUCACGUCAAACUUGCGAAAGUGUCACACGUUUGAAUUGCGUAAUUCGAAUACCUCGCUAAUUUCUCAAUGUCGUUGCGAUUCGAUGCAAGUUCGUUCAACAUUAUAAUGAAGCGUCGACUCGGCAAAUUACAUCGAAACUGUAAAGUGUCAUUAACCGAGUUCAAAGUGCGGUGCGACAGGGAACUGGUGGAAUGCCGAAAAUCAAAUCCGAUGACAAAAUCAAAAUCGUUGAUCUUUCAUGCGUGUACAACGAAGAUCCGGUUCAUAUCCAAUAUCACGGUCUGAUGCUUAAGGGCGUGGCCAAUCAAUUAGGAAGAUGGCCAAAUGAUCUUUUCGGCUUAUUCAUGGCAGCGUCUCUCGUUAUUAGUAGUUUUGUUCUUCUUGCCUUCGUCACGGCGAUAUUUUGUUUACCCAUAGCGAGUGAUGUUAAUUGCUGUGAAUUGAAGGUUUCCAAAGAUGAAUGUUCCCUCAAUGUCUAUUUUGUGAAGGAAGCUACACAAGUCUGGUCCAGGGAAGAAUUUUGCUAUAUCGAAGCUGCGGCGAGAGAACAACCCAAUCUGAAUAUACACAUAAUCAAUUUGAUACGUACUUCGGAUAUAUUGAAUACAUCGGAAGUUAAUCUCAAAAUGGCAUUGGCUAUACAAAAUGCUAAUAUUCACAUCGCCAACUUCUCAAUUGAUAAAUUUUUCAACAAAACGGAACUAUCAAGUAUAGCAAAAAAUUUAAGUAAUGAUUUGUUAUUGAUGGCGGCAAGAGCAUAUCUGCUUUGGAAUUUUCCUGGCAUCGCUAUGCAUCCCAGUGCAUAUUGUAAUUUAUCGAUCAUCAACAAAUCUCAAUGGAAUAAGGUAGGAAAACGAAAUUGCAUGCCCGACGAAUUAGCCACGAUCGAUCCAACGAUUGAUUUGCAAGCAACAGGAGUGCAUUGCCAAGCAUUCUUAGGUUUUUUAUUACGGGAAAUAUCCAGGAAUGCAACGCAAAUUUAUAAUUUGAAGGAUGCAUUAGAUAGAUUUUGUCCAAAGAUUGAUAAUUGUCCCGAGGUACGAGUACUUGAUUUAAAAUCACGAUGUCCGAUCAAUGUUUUCGAUUGUCCUACCGUGUAUACAUCUGAAAAAUCUUGGAAACUUGCAAAAUAAUUUUUUUAAAUUAAAAAAUAACACGAAUAUAUUUUAUGAAAAUAUUUAUAA